AUUGUGUCCGGUUUCAAAGAAUACAACCCGGAAGGAAACUAGUAACAAAGCUAUUGUAAUGUAUAGGUUUCCCUGUUAUUUGGAAAGGAUAAAUCUGUAGCUGCUGCGGACUGGUUAUAAUCUUGAUGACAUUGAUUCCUUUGUACAACAGAUCGUAGAUGGAAAGAAGACUGACGCGUUUCGCCUAUGCUAAGCCGAUUUUCUUCCAGAAAGUUACAUCAGUAGUGGAAGUAGAAUAAUUCUCAGAACUGAAGCUUUGCCAGUUGUCUUCCCAAGUCGAGAAACGUCUUCUGCCAUGGAGAGUGACAUUCCCCCAUCAUCUAACGGACUUGAUGAAGAUGUAUUAGAUGAAUACCAUAGCUCAGACCAAGACACAGAACAGACUCAUUCAGACAGCAGCUUAAUUGAUGGAAGCCCAUUAAUGUUGGUUACUGUUGAGGAGGAAGAGUUCUGCCCAAAUAACGGUCCUGGGCAUCAAGAUGCCAGCAUGAGUAGUGAUGCUUUCCAGGAGAGCUCUAGCCCAUACACAUCGACACCUGUACAGAUGGCUGAUGCUUGCACAUCUACCGAACCAUUGCCCACCACAGCAGACAAGUGUUUUCAGUGGCCCGAGAAUGAGCUAAAUUUUGGAAGGGAUCCUUGGAAUAUUCACCAUGACCAGUACUACGGAGCUCCUUAUUUCAACCCUAUAAACUACACAUUGCCCCAUGCCUCCAACUACAAGCAUUCUCUCCGUUCUUGGGCCUCACAGAAGCCCAGUGCAGAGUCCAUUGUAGACUACAUGUCCAUGUACAAGAGAUCCAUGUACAAUGGUGCAGAGUACCUCUCUAGUUACAUGGGCAAAGGAAUUAAACUAGAACACGACCUCAAGUACGAACCGGUAAGAUGAAUUUUAAAUGUUUUUGACCUACAAACCUUCUUUUUUUUUAUGUUAUCUUGGGAAAGGGGAAUUGGGAAUAAACAGUCUUCCUCAAUCCCAUUUGUUUUAUAAAUGGUUUCCAUCUCUUAGGCUCCUAGAUUAUGCUGGUUACACUAAAAUGGACAUGCCUUCUAAAGAAAACCCAAUUAUUAAUCCUUAGAGCAUACAAUUGUGUUUAUUUUUGUUUGUUUUUUAGUGCUCCGUAGCAUUUAAUAUUAGUUUGAUACAUUUACACUUCCAUUUCCUGUUUCCAGUGAUUAGAACAUAUUUAUAUAUAGGGUUAUGUAUCAAAUGUGCUUCUUUCUCUUUUUAUGCACCUUUUCUGUCCAUGCCUAAUUAUUCUCCUUCUUGCCAAAAAUAUCCCAUAAUGCCCAUCUUCUGUCUUUGUAUUUACCUGUUUAUGUGUUUAGUUUUUUUGGUUCAGAAAUGUGCCGCUUACUUUAAUGUAACUGUGUUCUGGAGCAGGGAUGUCCAAGAGGUAGAUACCCAGCUGCCAUGAUGCUUUGCAGACCUAAACAAUGGUAAAAUGUCACAGGGUUGUUGGCCUUCGGCAAUCGGAUAUAUACUUUUUGGCUAACCCUGUUAUGGAAAGUUUUUAGGUUUUUAUGAUAUCAUUAUACUAAUAUAUCCCGGGCCAGUACAAACCAUUGUCAGGAAAUCUAUUCAUAACAGGACUAUACAUAGGACACAAGGUCACCCGAUUAGACUGGAAGAAAGGAGCUUUAGUCUAAGGCAAAGGAAAGGGCUUUUUACAGUAAAAACAAUAAGGAUGUGGAAUUCUCUGCCUAAAGAGGUGGUUUUAUCAGAAUCUGUACAGAUGUUUAAACAGCAACUGGAUGCAUACUCGCAAAAACAUAAUAUUCAAGGAUAUCAUUUUUAAAUUAUUGGGUAAAUGCUUCUUCAUCCAAGGAUACAUCUGACUGCCAUUUUGGGGUCAAGAAGGAUUCUCCCCCCCUACCCCCCUAAUUUGUUGCAAAAUGCUUCAAACUGUGUUUUUUUUUGCCUUCCUUUGGAACUUGAUGGACACAUCUAUUUUCAGCCUAUGUAACUAUGUAGGUCAUUGAUCUAUCCUGCAGAAAGAUUUACUAACCGUGAUAUUGCCUUUUAGAAACAAUCUGAGUUCGAUAAAGUUGCCGUUUACUUUUCCAAGGAGGAAUGGGACUAUCUAAUGAAAGAAGAGAAGGAGCUGUAUAAGGAGGUGAUGAUGGACAAUUACCAUAUCCUCUGCUCUCUGGGUAAGAACUUAAUCCCCUUGGUUUAAGUACUCAGCUAGAGUGAAAUGAAUUGUGCUAAGAAGAUAAUAUACUAAAGUGUCAUACUUCUCUGGACAGGAUGUGCAAAUAUAAAGCCAACUAUUAUAUCAAAGAUAGAACAAGGGCAGGAGCCAUAUGGAACUGAUCUAUGGCAGACUGAAGAUAUACCUCCACUGAUUAACAGUAUAGGUGAGUGAAAGUUCCAUGAUUGAAUAAAAUACAAUUUAGCAGAAUGUGUUAUCUUGCUUGUUUCCCCCUUGCUGAUUUUUUUUGUUCCUUUUAGAUAAAGAUUUAAAUAUUAAAAUCACAAUACAGUUUGGUCCUGGCACAGGCAGGGCACAGAUUGUAUUGAAGGAAGAAACUGAACGUUAGUUUCUCCUUUUCUCUCGAUGCUGACUGACAGCUACAAAGGGUGGAGCUUAAACAGUGAUUGACAGUAAGCCAAGAUGGAUGCGCUCUGUUCCAGGAAACAAAUAACUGUAGCAAUGUGGAUUUGUACAUUUGAUUUUAUUUUUCAGACCUCACAAGCACAUAUCUGUUAAAUAAAUGGAAUAACUAAAUAAUAUAUUAAAUAUCCUUGGAAGUGACUGCUGCCCCUUAAAUUUGUAUUUAAAGCAUCUCUGCCAUAGAAUAUUACCUUACUUCACUGAAUUCUUCUUUUCUUCCUGUCUCUCAUUCCAUGAUUCUUUUCUUAAAAUACAUAUUACAAAGUAGGGGCUGCUUGGUCUUAUGUAUUUUUUCUAUGCCUGACAAAAGGUUGGGCUAUGUUUGUCAAGUUUUGUCAUUUCCUCCAGUUGUCACCUGUGACAGGUGAGGGGCGGAAAGGUAUUGUCUUUGGAUGGCCUUGCGGGAUUCUCCAUAGAUUUCAUUGUCUUAGUUUGGUUAUUGUUUGAACGUACUUGUUUCAGAAUUUAUUAAUCACUGCAUUCCCUUCUUAUUUCCAAAUAAAGGAUGGGCUCAUAUAAAGCCUUCAAUAAUUCCAAAGGCUGAGCUUGUAGAUGAGUCCUACGUAACGGAUUGCUGGAAGUCAGAGGAGGAAUCUCCAAAAAUUGGUAUGUAAUGAAUAUUAAUCUCUUACUUAAAAAUUCCUGGCACUACUGAUUCCUCUGCCUGACCCCUUCCUCACCUUUUAUUUACUUACCUGAUCCCAGCACGAUGUCCCUCGGUGCUGGGUCGAAGCUCUAAUGCGUAUGCGCGCAGAUGCUGCGCGCAUUAGACCUCCCCAUAGGAAAGCAUUGAAUCAAUCAAUCUGUGUACAAUGCAAGUAGCCCCAUUAUUCACCAAUAUAUAAUUAUAAAGCUUUGUGAAGGAGGUACAUCAUCCCAUUGACCCUCGUUCAUAGAGCUUCCCUUGUAGAACAGGGAAAAUAUGACUUGUUAUGUAUAUUAUGACCAAUUUAAUUUAUUUAUGAUUAUUAUACAUUUUUAAUCCUUGUAUCUCAACAGACUGGGGGGCAAUACAGAGUUAUGAAGAUAGCCUCUAUAAACGCUCUCGGGAAAGGAAAGGCUUUGCUCCCAAAUCAGGACUUGCUAAUCCUCACGUAAACCCCAACACAGCCCUAGAUUUGAGCUUUAUUAAGCGGGAAAAGCCAUUUUCUGAUCAACAUAAUCUUGCCAAGCAAGAGAGAAUUCCUCCAGGUAAAAGAUCAUUCCCUUGCCUGGAAUGCGGGAAGAUGUUUGCUACAGUGACACAGCGUGUAAAGCAUCAGAAGAUUCACGAAGGCGCUGGGCAGUUUUCUUGUACGGAAUGCGGAAAAUGUUUCAAAUCAAAGUCUUACCUCACUAUCCAUCAAAGAACUCAUACAGGAGAGAAACCAUUUUUAUGCUCGGAAUGUGGUGAAGGGUUUAUCAGCAUGUCGCAUUUGGUUGUCCAUCAUAAAGUCCAUGUUGGGAUGGUUCAGUUUGUUUGUCCAGAGUGUGGGGACACUUUCACGCGAAAAUCAGAGCUCAUCAGACACCAGCGGCUUCAUACAGGAGAGAAACCAUAUGCGUGUUCAGAAUGUGGGAAAUGUUUUAAACGGAAAUCAGAUCUCCUCUCGCACCACAAAAGUCAUACUGGAGAGAAACUGUACACAUGUUCUCAAUGUGAUAAAACGUUUAGUAGGCAUUCUCACCUUGUAGUCCACCAGAGAACACACACAGGGGAGAAACCAUACCAGUGCACGAUAUGCGGAAAAGGAUUCAUCAAGAACUCGGAUGUCGUGAGACAUUAUAAAACACACUCCAUUGAUAAACCAUUUAAAUGUUCAGAAUGCGGAAAAAGUUUUUCCAAAAACACCUUUCUUCUCAAGCAUCUUGAUAAACACCUGAUCCCCGAAAAAGAAGAGAAAUCAUUUAUAUGUUCCCAGUGUGGAGAAAGUUUUUCUAGCAUGAAUGAUCUGGCCACACAUGAGACAAGUCAUGUUGUGGAGAAGUCUUUUAUUUGCUCAGAAUGUGGGAAAUGCUUCAGUGACAUCUCCAAUCUGGUAACCCACCAAAUGCACCACAGAGGAGAAAGAUCAUUUGCAUGUUUUGACUGUGGAAAAUGUUUCACUAAGAACUUGUAUCUGGUUCGGCAUCAGAGAAGUCACUCCGACGACAAAUCCUUUUUGUGUUCUGAGUGUGGGAAGUGUUUUACCAGUAAGUCUGACCUGGAUAUUCACGAGACAAUCCACACUGUGGAAAAGUCGUUUGUAUGUUCAGAAUGCGGCAAAUGUUUCAGCCAGAAGGCCAACCUUCUGACUCAUCAGAGGAACCAUAAAGGAAAGAAGUCAUUUGCAUGUUCCGAGUGUGGCAAAUGUUUUACCAAAAACCUUUACCUUGCCAGACACCAGAGAAUUCACACAGGAGAAAAAUCUUUUGUGUGCCAUGAAUGUGGAAAAUGUUUCACUAGUAAAUCCGAUCUCGAUAUACACGAGACAAUUCACAGACCUGAAACUAUUAGCGGAAUUAUGGGAGAUAUCUCGCCAGGAAAAAUUCAAGCAGGAGAGUGAAUGUUUAGAGUGUGUGCAUUUUAUUAUUAAGAGAGGAAAAAUCCAAUAUGCAUAUUAAUAACAAGGACAGAAGUACCAUAAAAUAAGGAGAAUGCAGUUGUUUCCUCCACUUGGGCUACAUAUAGCUAGCUAUAUUUUUAUUUAUCCCAUGUGCGUGCUGGCGAAGUGGAUCAGUUUUAGUUUUUUUUAAACUACGAAACACUCUUUUUUUAUUACAAUGUCGUAAACUUCAAAUACAGAGGGUAAUUUUUCUAAAAUACCAAAAAGCCAAGACUGGGUAAACCCAGAGCAAUGUGCCAAGAAAGUUAAAAUAAUAUCGCAAUGAGUAUUUGAUUUUGAGGUAUAGAAAUAAAUUUUAUGGUGACAUUAAUAGUUUAACUGUAACACAAAGCCAUGUCCCACGGUCAGAAUCUGUAGUGUUAUUUGUAGACGAUAGAAACAGUGGAGGUUAUAUAUAAAGACACAUUCUGGGAGAAAGUUUUAAAACUUGAGCAGGCACCAUGGCAACCAAAUGUGCAUCACUUUAAAGAAUUUUGGCCCAGAAUUGCACUUUAUAUAUUUUCAAACAGUGAAUUCCCCUUUACCAAGCAGAUUUCACACUAACAUUGUUGUUUGUAUAUUAAGGCGCCAUUUUGUCUGUGAUUUUUUUUUACUUUCGUGUUUAGCAAAGCAUUAAUAGCGAUACGUCACAAGACAUUAGACAUCACAACAUUUGACAUGUUUGUUAUCCGUUUAUGUAACAUCAUAUGCCAAAGUUCCGUAGGCAGAUAGAUGCAUAUUUUCAUACGUUUAACCAAUAUGUUAUGUAAUUAUUAGAAUAUGUAUAGAUCUUAGUUGAAGACAGUAGAUAUAGUCUCGAAAAUGGUCAAUGUGUACAAUGAAGCAGCUUCAUUGCUCGGUUGAUAGCACUUAUACCAAUUCUUCUAUUAGGUAACUAAAUGCUUCUACUUGGAAAAGACCUGUGUAAUUUGGGGUAUUGUAUUAUCAAAGGGUUUAUUUUUUGACAGAGCAUAAUUGCGAAAGUGUUACAUUCUCCUUUUGUACCAGUUCAUUUCUCAAUACACUAUUUUAUUAAGCCCAAAAUCAAUUCUCGUGCACCCAUCCUCCCCGGCGGGUCGACAUUAAGGAUUUCUGUUCCACUGGAGAUAUUUGUAAAACGUGGAUCAAUCAGUGGACGGGGAUGUUAAAGGAUUUGCUUGUAAACACUUGCUCCAGUUAAUUAGGUAAUUACAAAACAGUAUAUGUACUAUUUGGGACAGAUUUUUAUAAUGAAACAAUAAACAGUUUGCCAUGAAAAUAAAACGUUUGCUAUGUUGCAGUAUAUUUUAAUAUAUGUUUCGUUGUAGAGUUGUGCUGACCAAAAAAAUAGUUAUUUUUAUUUGCUCCUCUGGAUUGUUUUUUUUUUGACAUCACAGUUAGGGGUUACAGGUCAGCGACCCUCCUGUAAGUAGUGCAGACCAUUCAGCUGCCUGUAGAAUAUUCGGGGUACACAGAGACUCACGUUGGAGGGAGAGCAAUUAACCAAAUACCGCAGUAUGUUUUAUACUGAAUGGCUAUGGCCAAUUUAACUCUGCAAAGUAACAUAUUGCCAAAUAUUCUACAAUACAUCAAAAGUUGUUAUUUCAUAAGACAAGGUUUUAUUUUUUGUCUAAAAGAAGUUAAAUAUAAACCUUAGAAGAGUCCGAGUCUGGUUACAUAUUCCACUAGUGAUAUGGAAAGGUUAUUUCAAUAGAAUAUUUUGUGUUUCACAAAACAUUUUAUGUAAAGCCCUGACAGCUAAAGUGCACACCAUGUCUCAGAAUAGUUUCAUACUAAUCCUAUUUGUCUCUCUCACUUUUUUUCAUUUAUGAGUUAAUGUUUGUUUAAAAAAAAGCAGCGCAAUUUUAAUAUCACCUGCAUGCAAACCCCAUUAUUAGUUUCAUUAUAAAGUAUCACAUUGGAAUUCUGCACAGUUCUGUUUCCUGUCUGUUACCCAGCUUUUCUAUUGGCUAUACUCGGUUCUGUUAGUUUACCAGACCCUGAUAUCCUAUUGGCUGUAAAACUUUUGUUUACCUUCUCUCCUAUUGGCUGCAAACAGUUCUGUCAGAUCUCUUACUCAGCUGUCCUAUUGGCUGCACACAGUUCUGUCAGAUUAUCAGAUCUCUUACUCAGCUCUCCUCUUGGCUGCACACUGUCUUCAUAUAUUAUCAGAUCUCUUACUAGAUUCUCCUAUUGGUUGCACACUGUACUCACAGAUUACCAGAUCUCUUACUCAGCUCUCCUAUUGGUUGCACACUGUACUCACAGAUUACCAGAUCUCUUACUCAGCUCUCCUAUUGGUUGCACACUGUCCUCACUGAUUACCAGAUCUCUUACUCAGCUCUCCUAUUGGCUGCACACUGUCUUCACAGAUUACCAGAUCUCUUACUCAGCUCUCCUAUUGGUUGCACACUGUACUCACAGAUUACCAGAUCUCUUACUCAGCUCUCCUAUUGGUUGCACACUGUCCUCACUGAUUACCAGAUCUCUUACUCAGCUCUCCUAUUGGCUGCACACUGUCCUCACAGAUUACCAGAUCUCUUACUCAGCUCUCCUAUUGGUUGCACACUGUCCUCACAGAUUACCAGAUCUCUUACUCAGCUCUCCUAUUGGCUGCACACUGUCCUCACAGAUUACCAGAUCUCUUACUCAGCUCUCCUAUUGGCUGCACACUUUCCUCACAGAUUACCAGAUCUCUUACUCAGCUCUCCUAUUGGUUGCACACUUUCCUCACAGAUUACCAGAUCUCUUACUCAGCUCUCCUAUUGGCUGCACACUGUCCUCACAUAUUAUCAGAUCUCUUACUCAGCUCUCCUAUUGGUUGCACACUGUCUUCACAGAUUACCAGAUCUCUUACUCAGCUCUCCUAUUGGUUGCACACUGUCCUCACAGAUUACCAGAUCUCUUACUCAGCUCUCCUAUUGGCUGCACACUGUCUUCACAGAUUACCAGAUCUCUUACUCAGCUCUCCUAUUGGUUGCACACUGUCUUCACAUAUUAUCAGAUCUCUUACUCAGCUCUCCUAUUGGCUGCACACUGUCUUCACAGAUUACCAGAUCUCUUACUCAGCUCUCCUAUUGGUUGCACACUGUCUUCACAUAUUACCAGAUCUCUUACUCAGCUCUCCUAUUGGUUGCACACUGUCUUCACAUAUUAUCAGAUCUCUUACUCAGCUCUCCUAUUGGUUGCACACUGUCUUCACAUAUUAUCAGAUCUCUUACUCAGCUCUCCUAUUGGCUGCACACUGUCUUCACAGAUUACCAGAUCUCUUACUCAGCUCUCCUAUUGGUUGCACACUGUCUUCACAUAUUACCAGAUCUCUUACUCAGCUCUCCUAUUGGCUGCACACUGUCUUCACAUAUUAUCAGAUCUCUUACUAGAUUCUGCUAUUGGUUGUACUCAGCUUUGAUAGUUUACCUGACUCAGACCCUACUAUCUUACUAAUUGCAUAGUGUAGAAGUUUAUCAGACACCUUUCUGUGACCCAGCAAUGCCACGUGCUGUGUACAUUUUGUGUCCUUUUUUUACUUUACUCUCCUGUUUGCAUAGAUUGUUCCUAGUUUGCUCUGUUUCUGCCCCAUUUUGUGCAGUGUUAUGUUUGUUGUACUAAUGCUCACAGUUCUCCUAAUGUGUCCCAAUCUCUAAUCUAGCUCUCCUGCUGACUGCACUCUAUUUUGUUAGUUUGCCUGUUCUCCAUCUCUCUCCCAGCUCUUCUAUUGCAAAUAGAUCUCUAAAUUUGUCCAACAAAUCCCAUUCCUGAUACAGCUGUUUCCUUCUCUUUCCCUUAAAGGGACAUUCACGACCACUAAAGCACCUUAGCUUGCUGAAGUGCUUAAUGUAUAAAAAGUUUGUCCUCUUUUUUUUUCAUUUUAGAAAAAGUGCAGAUUUUGCUAGAAACUGACACUUUUAUAAAUGUACCUUGUUACACACACCAGCUGGUCCUGUUACUUCCUGGUUAUUUAGCUCAUUGGAGUGUAACUCAAGAGGCAGCAAUUGCCUAGAGCACCUAUUUUGCAAAGACUUCUGGUUGAGCUGCAUUGGGAAGUCUGUGAUUGGACAGUCACAGAAAGUCUGGGCGGGAUUAGAAGGGGAGGGCUUGCAAAGGCUGCAGACAAGAGAUCUGCAGCUUUUGCAAACUGUUUUUAUAUGUGGGCAAUGUAGUGUCCCUUUAAAAAACCUUCCUUCCUCAUCUCUCUCUGGCUUAUAUACCCAUAAAUUAGUCUAUACAUUUUACUGUUACUGACAAAAUAUUUUAUAAAUGUUUUUAAUGUCCGGAGGAAAAAACCUUGCAAUGAUUGGCUUUUUAAAAAUCUGACUAUUAAUGUUGCCAAAAAUUUGAAAAAUGUCAGAAUAUUUUUUUUUCUUAUUUAAGUAAAACAUUGUUGUCAGUUAAAAAUAUGUCCUAUUUCAUAGUUAGAUAUAUUCCUUUUUCCCAUACGUAAAACCAAACACACACUUACUCAUUAUUGUGUCAGCAUUAGGAGAUAAAAAAAAAAAUAUAUAUAUAUAUAUAUAUAUAUAAAAUAAAAGCAAAACGUCAUAGGAAUAUUUUAUGAACUGGAUCAGAAAUCUUAGGACUUAGGACAAGUGUUUUAAAUCUGACAUUUCAUAGCAGGUAGUGUCUUUGAUCACACGUGAAAUAUAAAAACACUUUGCAAGGUCUUCCAGGAGUCUUUAGUUGGAUACAUUAUCCUGUUUUGUUAACGAUGCUCUGUAAUUAUUAGCUGUAUUAAUAAAGUGUGUGUCUGA